UAUCGACGCCCCCAAGGAAUAAACCUGUAUUAUUCUAUUACGGACUUUUUACUGUUAUACCAUUUUCGGUAUCUAUGGGUCGGGAUACACUUAUGCAAUUUUUUUCAAUUUUAUUCUGCGGUAAUUUCCAACGGUUUUCCUUAUAACACUUUUGUUCUUUGGAAAUUUUCUAUUUCUUAUUUACUAGAACAAUCUUGAAAUACAUUAUUACUAAUUAAAUUCCGUGGCUACAUUUCGGUAAAGUAAUAUUACUGUAAAAUAUUUCAAAAAAAAGCCGGUUAACGCGAUUACAGGUUUAUUCUCGUGAAUUCUGUGGUAGACAUUUUUGGUAAUGCACUGUUACAGUUAUCAUCCGGGACAUAAAUUUAUACCUACUAUACGUAUUGGCGGUAACUUGCUCGCGCUCGGCGGCUCAAGAACGCGUUUCUACAUGUAACGCACAUUACGCACACUAAUACUAAUAUGCGGCGUCCGCGAUGGUCAGUGCAUCUCUUUCUUAACACGGAAAUAAACUGCGACAGAUUAUUGCGCACGCAAUAAUAGUUUGUUUACGUGAAUCACGAGAGUUAGUUGCAUUUGUUGUUCUAAAGUGACAUGACGUUAUUAAUGUAAUAGCUAUUGUGCGUGAUUUUUGUUGCAAAGUUUAGCGUCUUACAUCGUGUUGAUAUAAUAAUUAUUUUAUUAACUAAAGAAAAUAAGUGUUAUGGCAUCGAAUCAAGAUCGUACUUUAAAAAACCCUCGUGUUAGAAGAAUGUUAAUGAUGAUUGACGAUACUGACGAUCAGGUUGCAACAAGUUCUGGACUUACUUCAAAUGGGAACUAUGCUAAUAUCGUGCAAGAGAGCAAAGCUGUAGAAUCACUGUCCAUCGAAACAAUAACUAAUUAUAAUUUACGAGGUAUGUAUGUACAUACGAAUAUAAUUCUCACUAAUAAUUAUCUGUACAUAGGUACAAGGAAAAUCUUGUCCUGUUGUGAUACUUACAUUUUAAUUACAUCACAAAAGCGUAUUGUAUUCUUAUCGUUAGCGCGACGACGCCAAUUUAACGGGUUUAAUUUUUUUUAUCGUCAGUUUGCUCCUAAGUUCCCAACUCUUUUAUAGUAUAUUCUUUUUCCAAAAACAUGAUUUUGAGUUUAGAAUUUUUGACAAUUGUUUAUUUAAUAAUAUUUUUUUAUUUCAGAUCUACCAAAGAAAAAAUACGCUGAUUGUGAUAAAGAUGUGAGUGAUGCUGAUUUUUCUCCAGAUUGUUCAGAAUAUGUUCCAAGUCCAGAAAGAAAUCCAGUCAAUAGCCCAUCAAGUACGUUUUCGGGUCAUAGCGGAAAUUCCCAAUGCAUAGAUAGAAUUUUGAACACCUCAAAAGUAAUUGAUACUCCCUCUACUAUUUCGAAUUUAUCGCUACUUUUAACGAACAGCGACUUCAUCGCUUCUUCCACCACCAUUUAUAAAAUGAAUAAUGAACAAAAUUCUACAAUUAAUGCUGUCCAGUACAAUAAAGAAAAGCAAUUUGCAAAUUUAAGUUUAGUACCUUGUUAUCCUUUAGCCGAUAAUCUGUCAAUUGGAGAACUCGAAGAAACAUUGCAACCUGAAAGCUCCCCCGAAGUUAAUAGAACUGUCAACAUGUCUGUUGAUAUCACACUAACUGAUAGUUCCCAAAAUGAACAUCCCAAUUUUAGAACUGAAUUAACACAAAAUUCAUUAGAAUUUGAGCCAAGUAAUUCAGACGAACCUUCCACAUCACACAAUGAAAAAAAAAAGAACGAGAAAACGUGCAAUGAAUGAAGACCAGUGGUCUAGCAAAAAAAACAAAUUACUUAAAAAUGCUGGCCAGGCUUACGAAGGUUGUCAUAAUAAGAAUAAGUAUCCACAAAAAGUAAUGGGUCCUGUGUGUUCAUGUAAAAUGAACUGUGGUAGCAAAUUUACUUCUUCAGAGAGGCAAGACUUAUUUGAUAAAUUUUAUAAGCUUUCUGAUCGAGAACGCCAAUGGAUGUAUAUUAUUAGACAUACUAAAACCGAAAAUAUCAAACGAAUGACUCUAGAACGGAAAAAUAAUCGCACACAGACUAUAAAAUAUUUUUUUUCUUUAAAUAAUGUAGAAUUUCUUGUUUGUAAGAGAUUUUUCCUAAACACUUUAAAAGUUAAUGAACAAAUGGUAUAUACAGCAAUAGAAAAAUUUAAAUUAGACGAAGGGAUUACAGACUUAAGAGGCAAGCACACCAAUAGACCUCGAAAAAUGAGCUCCAGCACGGAAUCGAGUAUUGAGAAGCAUAUUUCAUUAUUUCCUAAAGUAGAGUCUCAUUAUACAAGAAAAAGCUCAACUCGACAAUAUUUGUCACAAGACCUCAACAUAUCAAAAAUGUAUCGUUUGUACACUGAGUGGUUUCCACAGCAAAAUUAUGUUGAAGUUACGAUGGCGACAAAACGUCAAUAUGAAACCAUUUUUAACACAAAAUUUAACUACUCAUUUUUUAAGCCUAAAAAAGAUCAAUGCUCUACAUGUUUUGUAUAUGAACAAGCCAGUCCAUCAGAGAAAGAGUCUUUAGAAGAAAGCUAUAGACGUCAUUUAAGUAGGAAAGAGAGAAUUCGGCAAAUUAAACAUGAAGAAAAGAUGACAAUUGACAAAAACGAUAGCACAAUUGCUAUCUUCGACCUGCAAAAAGUGUUAAGUAUUCCACAAUCCACAGUAGGCAUUUUUCAUUACAAACGCAAGUACCCUGUGUACAAUUUUACUAUUUUUGAUGCUCUACGUAAAAAAGGAUAUUGCUACGUGUGGCAUUACCAAAUCGCAAAACGAGGCUGCAUAGAAAUUGGGAGUUGUUUGUUGCAAUUCUUGAAGAGUGAACAGGAGCGAGGUGUUAACAAGAUCUAUUUUUAUUCGGAUGGUUGCUAUGGCCAAAAUAAGAACAGGUACAUUUUUGCUUUAUAUGCGUAUGCAGUAAAAUCUUUAAAUUUGUCUAUAACGCACAGAUUUUUCGAGACUGGACAUAGCCAGAACGAGGGAGACUCGAUGCAUGCCUGUAUUGAGAGGAACAUGAGAAAUAAGUCUAUUUACACACCUGACCAAAUAUAUAAUAUAAUUCUAAACUCCAAAGUCUCGGGAGAAAAAUAUACUAUGAAAGAAUUGGAGCAAACAGAUAUAUUAGACAUAAAAAAAUUAGUAAACCCUUUGAAUUGGCGUCGUGAUAUAGAUGGGAAUACGAUACGCUGGUCUGAUGUAAUGGAAAUUCAUGUAUCAUCAUCCCAACAGGACAAGGUUUUCUUUAAAUAUGAUUUUGAUGAGGCAUAUUCUGAAUUAAAUAUUUCAAAUUCAUUUCAAACCAAACGACGUGGGCGAAAACCUAAGACAGACGCUCUGAUAGAAGAUACUGUAUUGGCACGUGCUUAUCAUCAACCUCUUCCUAUAAGCAAGGCGUUGCAUACAGAUUUAUUGUCUUUGUGCAAUAGUGGAGCGAUUCCACGAUAUUACCACGCAUUUUAUGAAUCCUUAGUUUCAGUAGAAAAUAGUGAUGAUCGCGAUGAUAUUGACGAUGCCACUGAUAAUACCGAUUAGUUGUUAAGAUUAAUUAUUAGUGUUUUUACUUGGCUACUUUUUUUAUACUUUUACUGAUUGUAAUUUGUGAUCUCUAUGAGAACUCUGUUCCCAAUAAACGCCAUAAUUUUAAUAAGUUUUGUGAGUUUUCUUUAAUUAUUCCCUCAAAGAUUUAUUUUACAUAGAAUACAUAGAAUUUAUUUUACAUAAUCGUUUUCAAUGAUUACGAUAAUAUGAAUACCAAAAAUUUUCUACAAAAUACGGGUUACACUACUUUACUCUUUUAUGGUUAUUGAAAAUUUUACCACAAUAAGUCGGUAACUGAACAUUACAAUUUUACUCUGUAAUGAAAAAACACGUUUAAUAAUCCAGUAAAGCAAUAUUAUGCCUAUGAUUUUUAAGAAAAUUACAAGAAUAAUUCGGUAAGUAAACAUUACUGGAAUAAUAUUGAUAAGUCAGGAUCGUAGGAUAUCAAAACCCUAAAAGUUAUAUGAAACCAUUUUCGGCAAUAUGUAUUUUGGUACAUAACUAAUACUGUGUAUGUUUCAUAGUUACACUUAAUACUAUAAACUAUUCGAGUAAAAAUUAGCUUUUCCGUCAUAAAACAAUGUUGCCAGGAUUACCUUUUAUUGAAGAGAUAUACCCCAAAAACACUAAAACAUUUUUCCUGUAAAAAUUGAUUUUUGCGAUUACCGGUUUAUUCCCCGGGGACGUCGA